ACCGCUCUUCGGCUGUCUCCGUCAAUCACGUGAUCUGGUCGGAGCUAUCCGUGGAGCCUCAGCUGUCAAGAUGGCUGACCACCACCACCACCAUCAUCACAACUUCUCUCUGUGCUUCUGUGACUUCAUGAGGCUGCUGUGGUCCCUGGUGGUUCCCUGUCUGGUCCUCAGCCUGGUGCUGAGUCUUGUUUUGCUACUGGUCCUGCUGGGGCUUCGCGUUUGGCUACAGGGCCGCCGAAGAGCUCGCCGAGCUCGGGACGAUGGGCCGGCGGUGGCGUUCUUCCAUCCGUACUGCAACGCUGGAGGAGGCGGGGAGAGGGUCCUCUGGUGCGCGCUGAGGGCCCUCAUGCACCGCUAUCCCGGUGUCACCUUUGUGGUGUAUACGGGCGACCAGGAAGUAACCGGCGCUCAGAUCCUGGAGCGAGCCAGACAGCGCUUCAACAUCAAACUGCCCAGACCGGUCAGUUUUGUCUUUUUGCGCCACCGUGCUCUGGUGGAGGCCGCCUCCUACCCUCACUUCACUCUGCUGGGCCAGAGCGCCGGCUCCAUGUUCCUGGGCUGGGAGGCUCUGAUGGCCUAUGUUCCUGACCUGUAUGUGGACUCCAUGGGCUACGCCUUCACCCUGCCCAUCUUUCGUUACCUGGGGGGCUGUCAGGUGGCGAGCUACGUUCACUAUCCCACCGUUAGCACUGACAUGUUGUCUGUGGUCAGAGAGAGGAACCCGAGGUUCAACAACGCAGACUUCAUCUCCAGAAACCCGUUGCUGAGCGCGGGAAAGGUGGUGUAUUACUGCUUCUUCGCUCUUCUCUACGGCUUGGCCGGCUCCUGCAGCGACGUCAUCAUGGUCAACUCCACGUGGACGCUGGGACACAUCCUGGCGCUGUGGAGGUCCCCCGGCCGCACCAGCGUAGUCUACCCGCCUUGCGACAUCAAGGCCUUUCUGGACGUGCAGCUGGGCGAAGAAGACGAAGAAGUGGACGACGGUUGGGAGGAGCUGGGAGGCGACGGGAACGGCGCGGAGGACAGGAAGUGCCACUCUAUCGUGUCUGUGGGUCAGUUCCGGCCAGAGAAGGACCACCGGUUGCAGAUCAGAGCGUUUCAUAAGCUGCUCGGCGGGAAGGAGGAGGGUCCCAGGGGGCGGGGGUCUCUGAGGCUGGUGUUGAUCGGGGGCUGCAGGAACCAGGAGGACGAAGAGAGAGUGCUCAAGCUGCGUGGGCUCUGUAAGGAGCUCGGCGUGGAAGACCGCGUGGAUUUUAAACUCAACGUUCCCUUUGAGGAGCUGAAGAGGGAGCUGGUGGACGCCACCAUUGGUCUGCACACCAUGUGGAACGAACACUUUGGCAUCGGAGUAGUGGAGUGCAUGGCGGCCGGCACCAUCGUUUUGGCCCACAAGUCCGGCGGUCCCAAACUGGACAUCGUCGUGCCGUACGAAGGCGGACAAACGGGCUUCCUGGCCAACAGCGAAGAAGGCUACGUGGCCGCCAUGGAAACCAUCCUGGCGCUGUCGGCGGCUGAGAGGAUGGAGAUCCGACGCAAUGCAAGGCGCUCUGUGUUGCGCUUCUCUGACCAGGAGUUUGAGGCCUCGUUCUUAGCGGCCACCGACAUGCUGAUGGGUAAACUGGAGCAAUGAGAGCGAGGGACGCGGUGCUGCCAGGGACUAAAACUGUUCUUUCCAUGGAAAAAACACGUUAAUCUUAAUGAAGGUGUCUCUUGUGAGGUAGCCCAAGUGUUUGUUGGGUUACGUGACACAAAAAGACGUGGCGCACCAAAGAAGACGAAACCAGUGGACCGCCGCCAUGAUUCUUUCCACAUGCUGCUGAGGGUUGUUGGACCAAAACACAAUCUUGUUAGAUCUUUAAAUUGUAUUUGUUACAAAUCUUUCUUGUCUUCUACGUAGAAGAGAAGAGUGAGUGCACGCCACCAAUGAAUGAAACCCAAUUUUAUUAUUAUACUUAAUUUUAUCUUUAUUGACCUUUUUUGGUGUUUCAAAGCUAUAUAAGUUUUCAGCAAAAAAAAACACUGCAUGUUUAUGGUUUGCCAAAAUGUCUCUUCUGCGGGUUAUUUUUUGUAAUAAUUAGCUUCUGUCGCUGACUGACAAACUUUCCUUUUCUGUGCUGAUAAAGUGAAUUAUUUUUAUUUUCCUGGAUGUGUGUUAUGUGUCAUUUGCUGGCUAAAUAAUAUUUUCUAUAAAUGUUCUUGCUUAUUUAUGAGGCUGUAAUUUCAUGUAUAGCAGUGGUGUUCAAAGUUUGGCUGCAAAUGCUUUUUUUUGUAUCUG